GCUCGGCUUGCCCCGGCGUCAGUCGGGCCGCGGCGACGGCGGCAGGAGCGCGUCUAGGCGCAGCCUCGGGCUCGGCUCUGCUCAGGGGUUGCGCCGGGACGAGGAGAGCGAGGCGCGGCAAGACGCAGGGCCCGCGGGCUGGACGCAUGGCUUAAGGACGGCCCCGCCCGCUGCGCCCCCAGCAUGGGGAAACUUCACUCUAAGCCGGCCGCCGUGUGCAAGCGCAGGGAGAGCCCAGAAGGUGACAGCUUCGCCGUGAGCGCCGCCUGGGCUCGGAAAGGCAUCGAGGAGUGGAUCGGGAGGCAGCGCUGUCCGGGCGGCAGCUCUGGACCCCGGCAGCUGCGGGCGGCAGGCAUCGUUGGCAGAGGGACCCGGGAGCUCGUGGGUGAAGUCUUCAGAGAGACGCUUAGUGAGGAGGAAGAGGAAGACUUUCGGCUAGAAGUGGCCCUGCCUCCUGAGAAGACUGAUGGGGUGGCCAGUGGAGAUGAGAAGAGGAUGGAGAAGGCGAGUGAAUCUUGCCCGGGCUCUAAGAAGCAGCUGAAAUUUGAAGAGCUGCAGUGUGACGUGUCUGUGGAGGAGGAUAGCCGGCAGGAGUGGACCUUCACCCUGUAUGACUUUGACAACAAUGGCAAGGUCACCCGUGAGGACAUCACCAGCCUGCUGCACACCAUCUAUGAGGUGGUUGAUUCCUCCGUCAACCACUCCCCGACAUCGAGCAAGACUCUGCGGGUGAAGCUCACCGUGGCCCCUGAUGGGAGCCAGAGCAAGAAGAGCAUUCUUCUCAAUCACCCCGACCUGCAGAGCGCGAGGCCCAGAGCAGAGACCAAGCCUGCGGAGGAGCUGCGCAGCUGGGAGAAGAAGCAGCGAGCCCCCCUCAGGUUCCAGGGUGACAGCCAUCUGGAGCAGUCUGGCUGCUACCACCAUUGUGUGGAUGAGAACAUUGAGAGGAGAAACCACUACUUAGAUCUCGCGGGGAUAGAAAACUACACGUCCCAGUUUGGGCCCGGCUCCCCAUCAGUGGCCCAGAAGUCAGAACUGCCCCCCCGCACCUCCAACCCCACUCGAUCUCGCUCCCAUGAGCCAGAAGCCAUCCACGUCCCACACCGCAAGCCCCAAGGCGUGGACCCGGGCUCCUUCCACUUCCUUGACACCCCAUUCGCCAAGGUCUCAGAGGUCCAACAGCGGCUCCGGGGCACGCAGGACGGGAGCAAGCACUUUGUGAGGUCCCCCAAGCCCCAGGGCAAGAGUGUGGGUGUGGGCCAUGUGGCUAGAGGGGCAAGAAGCAAACCCCCUCUGGGACCUGCUGUCCCUGUGGUGUCCCCGUCCACCCACCUGGCCGCCAGCCCAGCCCUCUUCCCCACGCUGGCGCCCCUUGGGCACAAGAAGCACAAGCACCGAGCCAAGGAGAGCCAGCAGGCGUGCCGGGGCCUGCAGGCGCCUCUGGCCAUGGGCAGCGUCAUGGGGCGGGACCACGUGAGGGAGCUGCCCGCCGUUGUGGUGUACGAGAGCCAGGCUGGCCAGGCGGUCCAAAGACAUGAGCAUCACCACCACCACGAACACCACCACCAUUACCACCACUUUUACCAGACAUAGAGCCCCUCCCCAGGGCCCCCAUCCCCGCCAUAUGAAGGACCCUCCUCUCCCCGCCCCCAAGGCAUUAUUAUUCUAUUAAUUAUUGUUAUUAUGACGAUUAUUGUUAUUAAUUAUUAUUGUUACUCCACUAAUAUUCAGCUAGCCUCCAUGUAGAAGAUAUAUGGAAACACAGAUCUAAACUUUUAUUUAUAUGUUGUGGGGACUGCAUAACUUACCCAAGAAAUGACUCUGGGUUUGGAAGCGGCCUGUAGAUGGCGGAGGCUCCCUUGGGCUCCAGAGCAGCAUUUCCACGCAGGCUGGCUCACACCCUUCCCAGCCCUGGGGAGCCCUCGGCCAGGACUCUGCCCCACCCCAGUCUUCCAGGAGAGCACCCUUACCUGGCCCGGCUUCCAGAGACCCUCGAAAUCUCCGAGAAGAUAAACAGCUGCUACCUCUUAGUAUUAUUCUGACUUUAUUUUGCCCUUAACUGAUUGUAAUGUGCUACAAGGGAUUUUCGCGGACUGCAGACGCCCGACCUUCCUGGCCAUUGUGUUUUUAUGUCCCAACCUAGAAACUUUACCAUCUUUCUGGAGUUGUUGUUCAUGCCUUCCCAGUGGGAUCGCGCCCUUGCCCAAAACCAGUCCCACCUUUUUGCCGUGCACAACAUGGAAAUACACUUCUCUUCCUUCCCCUCCUUUUCUCUUCUUUAGAAAGAUAACACACACAUAUCGAAAGACUGGCCCUGAAACCAGCCUUCUCGUUUUGGAAACCUCCAGAGAGGGCACCAACCACAUAAACAAGCGUGGUUUCCCAGGAUCAGGCAAUUGUGUGCUGGUUGUGACCGAAGAUGUGGAAACCUCAUGUUUUACCAUUGGCAAAUAUAUACAUACUUACAUGGUUCUCUAACAGAACUUUCUGUAUCUAUAGCUCGAUGCCACCUGUCCAUUUCUAUGUAUCUUUCUAUAAAUAUACACUCUCAGGUACCUUU